AGGACUAGAGUAGUCAAAAGGAACUGUAAGAAGAUCUGUGGCUGGAGCUAGAAAAGUAUCAACAGUAGGAUAUGAGUCCAGAGAUCAAGGGGGAGUAACAUAUGGGCCUAGAACACAGAAAACUUCAAAGUCUCUAUUUCUGGCCACACCACACAGCAUGUGGGAUCUUAGUUUCUCAAGCACAGAUUGAACCCACGUCCCCUGGAGUAGAUGCAUUGAGUGGUAACCACUGGACCGCCAGGGAAGUCCUUGAAAGUCUUUUUUAAAACUCUUGUUUUGAGUAAAAUGGGAGUCAUUAACAGGGGUCUAAGCAGAGAAUUUAUAAGACCUGACUAAAUUGAAUCACUCUGGCUGCCAUGUUCAAAACACAUUGAGGGGCAAGAAUGGAAGCAGGGAAAACAACUAGCAUGCAACUCUACUAAGCCAAGUCAGAUGUGUUUGUGGUUUGGACCAGAAUGGAAGGACUGAAGUUGUUGUUUAAAUUCUGCAUAUAUUCUCAAGGUGAAUCAAACAUGAUCUCCUGAGUCAAUGUGGGUAAUGAAAAUAAAAGUUACAGAAAAUUGGGUCGAGGGGAACAAGGUCGUGAGGAAGCAGCACACAGUUUGCAGCCGCUAUUUCUUCCGCCUUCAGUCUCUGGAUCUUUUGUAGCGCUUCCAACAGCGCUAUGUUGGGACAGAGCAUCCAGAGGUUCACAACCUCUGUGGUUCAUCGGAGCCACUACGAGGAGAGUCCAGGGAAGAAUGUACCAUUUUCAGUGGAAAACAAGUGGAGGUUACUAGCUAUGAUGACUUUGUUCUUUGGGUCUGGAUUUGCUGCACCUUUCUUUAUAGUAAGACACCAAAUGCUUAAAAAGUAAUCCAUGAGACAGAUAAGAAGAGGAACAUAUUAAGAGGUGCAAUCUCUUAAAAGAAUCAAACCCUUGAAUUCAGCAUCCUAGAUAUGUUUGUAAAUAAACUUAUGGCAUAAAAAGAAAAAAGGAAAUUGAACAGUUUUUGUUUAAAAGCUAGGUAACAAAAUAAAAAAACAAAGUGACUUCAUAAAAAAUUUAAAAUUUUGUACAUAAUACACUAUCCACAGAGUAAAAAGGCAACCCACAGCAUGGGAGAAUGCAAAUUACAUAUGUGAUAAAGAGAUUAAUACCCAGAUUAAUAUAUAUAGGACUCCUAACACUGAACAACAACAAAACAAAUGGCCCAAUUGAAAAAUGGGCAAAGGACUUGAACUGACAUUUCUCCAAAGAGGAUAUACUGUUGAUGGGAAGUAAAAUGGUACUGUGGAGAACAGUAAAGGUUCC